AUGCCCCUCCAACUCAAGGAGACAGUGACGCGCCUCGCCACCAUCUCCAAGCUCCUAGUGCUAUCCUACAUAAUAGACUGGGUCUUCAUAAUCGGUAUUGCUUUAAUCGGCUAUGGCUUUUACAAACAAGGACCAAACCAGCAUGCUUUCAGUCUCACAGAUCCUACGAUCAGCUUCCCGGAACACACAGAAACCGUGACCACCACAACGCUCAUCCUCGUCGGGCUUUUCGCGCCAGCCGUUCUCAUCUUCCUGAUCUCAUGGAUCCUCGUCCCAGCAACCGCCAGUCGCAAUGAUGGGUCCAAACCGCCCGCGGCGCAAUACAUCCGUCGCAAGUUCUGGGAAUGGAAUGCCGGCUGGAUGGGGCUUGCGCUGGCGCUUGCGAGCGCAUGGACAGCCACUCAGGGAUUGAAGGUGCUCGUCGGUAAACCGCGACCUGAUCUCCUGGCUCGGUGUAAUCCGGACCUUUCGCGGAUUGCGGAGUUCACCAUCGGCGGGCUUGGAGAUAAGGUGCGCGGUGCGGCGACGCUGGUUUCAUGGGAAAUUUGUCGCGAUCAGUCUAAUUCGUUGCGGAUGGAUGGUUUCGCAAGCUUCCCCAGUGGCCAUUCAUCCUUCUCCUUCGCCGGCCUGUUCUAUCUAACACUCUGGCUGUGCGCAAAAUUCUCCGUCGCGUUCCCUUAUCUGCCCCAGUACCCUGUUGAAGACCAGAGCUACGCGAACGACCACUCGUCUGUGCGGACGCGUGGGGCCGCGCCGCCAAUCUAUCUCAUGCUGCUUUCUUUUUUCCCGACCGCGACAGCGUGCUUCAUUGCCGCAUCGCGCUGGUUCAACUAUAGGCACCACGGCUUUGAUAUCCUGUUCGGGUCUGCCCUUGGUAUAUUUUUCGCUUACAUCGGCUUCAACAUGUACCACCUUCCGAUCCGGCGCGGAGCGGGCUGGGCCUGGGGUGCGCGCAGUCGCAAACGCGCAUUCGUCCGCGGUGUUGGGUUUCCCAGUUCGCUGGGGACGGAUAGCUGGGCGUUUGACACACGUGGUGCGGUUGGGCAUGCGGAUGUUGAGAAUGCGCCGGGUGUACCGGAGACGCCGUAUGAGCAUGUCAAGCCGGGUAAUUCAGAGGGUGCUAGAGUCGAAGCUUGA